AUGAUUGUACUAAUUUUACAUUGAAAACUAUAAACACUGAAUACAUAGACUGUGAAUUGCGUCCUCAUCUAUAAUUUAGACAAAUCUUAGUUAUAAAAUAUUUUUGAUUUUCUUAAAUAAAUUUUAGAAAAGACACAAGAACAAAAUCCUUUAACUUUUAUACAAUAUCAUUAAAGCUAUUACUUAAUAGGAAGGAUCUUUAAAGAAAUUGAUGAACAAGAUAAGGCACAAAUAGAUAAUAACAAAGCGAUUGAUUUUAUCCAAAUGAUGCUGCUUUUUAUUUCAAUAGAAGUACUCAAUUUAAAACAAUGA